AUGCCUCGUGGCCCUUUGAGACGGUCUGCCAGCAUAACAGACCUUCGCUUUACUCUACGACGAGUCUUUGGCAAAGAGUCAUUCCGGCCACUGCAAGAAGAGGUUAUCGCCAGUGUGCUCGAGGGCAAUGAUGUCUUUCUCUGUGCCGCAACUUCGUUCGGCAAGUCGCUUUGUUACCAGCUUCCUGCAGUGGUGUCUCUAGGCGUAACCGUUGUGAUAUCGCCUCUUCUUGCUUUGAUGACGAACCAAGUUCAAGCGGCUCGAGACUUGGGGAUCAAUGUCGAAUGCAUCAACGGGAGAACCCCUUACCAGGAAAGGGUUCGCAUUGAAACCGACCUACUCUGUGGCCAUCCGUCAACCAAACUGCUCUAUGUGACUCCAGAGCUUUGCGCCACCAACCAUUUCCGCGAUCUUAUCACAAAAAUCCACCGACAGGGCCAGCUUGUACGCAUCGCUAUUGACGAAGCACACUGUAUCAGUGAAUGGGGCCACGAUUUCCGCCCCGCCUACAAAGAUCUGAUAUGGCUGAAGACGACCCUCAAUUGUCCGACGGUGCCAGUCAUGGCGGUGACCGCUACGGCAACUCCACAGGUCCGCGAAGACAUCUUCAAGUUUCUCGGCCUUGUUAAGACCAAGACCAAGAUUUUCUCGACUUCUACGGCGCGGCCGAACAUCCAUUAUGAAGUGCAGUACUUUUCCGAGUCGAACCCAGAAAACGGCCAGGACGACGUCUUUCCUUACCUCCUUUCCAGGCUCAACUUCAUGCAUCAAAGACGCCUGAUGAGACUCCAGUAUCUGCGUAAACAAGAUCCUAAGGCGGUCAUGGCUCCAAUAACAGGCAUUGUCUACGUCUCAUACCGCGCUACCGCAGACAGUCUGGCUACAAAGCUAUCUGACGCUGGUAUCCGGGCCCAGUCGUACCAUGCCGGUCUAGAGGAUGCCCAGCGUCAAAAGGUGCAGACGUCAUUUCUGAGGUUCGCCACGGGAGACCCUCGGCUGUUUCAGGCAUCCGGAGGCACCGACAUGAUGUCUUCCUUCAACGUCAUGUGCGCCACUACGGCGUUCGGGAUGGGCAUCGACAUCCCCACGAUCCGGUUCGUCAUUCACUACGGCCUGCCUCGAGGCAUGGAGUCCUUCUCUCAGGAGUCCGGGCGCGCAGGACGAGACAGCAAGGCGGCGUCAAGCAUCAUCUUGUACACGCGAGAAGAGAAGGAGCGCAGCGAGUUCCGAGCCAGAAGCGACGCAAACAGAGAGAAGAGCAAGGCCAAGGCCGAAUCCAGGUUGCUGUCUCUUCAGAGCGUCGUCGCCUUCUGUGAAAACACCUCGCUGUGCAGACACGAUUUGUUGUCGAGAUAUUUCGGUGGCAGCGCGGGAUCAGCGGAGUGCCGAUGGGCCUGCGACGUGUGCAAGGAAGGCCCAACGAAGCUGAAGAAGCGAAAGGAGAGAGGCCUGGCGACUGAACACGAGGCCUUCGAGUUCACUCAGAGGCAAGGUGUGCAGGAUUAUGAGUACGAGUGA